CUAAGUUCUUAAAGAUGGCGGCGGAGCGGAGUCGCUCCCCGGUGGACUCGCCGGUGCCGGCCUCGAUGUUCGCCCCCGAGCCCAGCUCUCCGGGGGCGGCUCGGGCCGCCGCGGCCGCGGCCCGACUCCAUGGCGGCUUCGAUUCGGACUGCAGCGAGGACGGCGAGGCGCUCAACGGCGAGCCGGAGCUGGACCUCACCAGCAAGCUGGUUCUAGUGAGCCCCACAUCAGAGCAGUAUGACAGCCUACUUCGGCAGAUGUGGGAGAGGAUGGACGAGGGAUGCGGAGAGACCAUAUAUGUCAUUGGGCAGGGAUCAGAUGGGACUGAGUACGGGCUGAGUGAAGCUGACAUGGAAGCCUCCUACGCCACCGUGAAGAGCAUGGCAGAGCAGAUAGAGGCUGACGUCAUCCUCUUACGAGAACGGCAAGAAGCGGGCGGCCGUGUGCGCGAUUACCUAGUCAGGAAACGAGUCGGAGACAAUGACUUCCUGGAAGUCAGGGUGGCAGUGGUGGGCAACGUGGAUGCUGGCAAAAGCACACUCUUGGGAGUUCUAACACACGGGGAGCUGGACAAUGGCCGUGGCUUUGCCCGCCAAAAACUGUUUCGCCACAAACAUGAGAUUGAAUCUGGUCGAACCAGCAGCGUGGGCAAUGACAUCCUGGGCUUUGACAGUGAAGGCAAUGUAGUGAACAAACCCGACAGCCAUGGUGGCAGCCUCGAAUGGACAAAGAUCUGUGAGAAGUCCUCUAAAGUGAUCACCUUCAUCGACUUGGCUGGCCACGAGAAGUACCUUAAGACCACUGUUUUUGGCAUGACUGGCCACUUGCCUGACUUCUGUAUGCUCAUGGUGGGCAGCAACGCUGGCAUCGUGGGGAUGACCAAGGAGCACCUGGGCUUGGCACUGGCACUCAAUGUACCUGUGUUUGUGGUUGUCACCAAGAUUGACAUGUGUCCCGCCAACAUCCUUCAAGAAACCCUGAAGCUGCUACAGCGCCUGCUGAAGUCACCAGGCUGCCGGAAGAUCCCUGUCUUGGUGCAGAGCAAAGAUGAUGUGAUUGUCACAGCCUCCAACUUCAGCUCCGAGAGGAUGUGCCCGAUAUUCCAGAUCUCCAAUGUCACAGGUGAGAACCUUGACCUGCUCAAGAUGUUCCUCAACCUCCUGUCCCCCCGAACGAGCUACCGGGAGGAGGAGCCUGCUGAGUUCCAGAUAGAUGACACCUACUCCGUCCCUGGUGUGGGGACAGUGGUGUCUGGGACCACCCUUCGGGGCCUGAUCAAGCUCAACGACACACUGCUGCUGGGCCCAGACCCCUUGGGGAACUUCCUGUCCAUUGCUGUCAAGUCAAUCCAUCGCAAGCGUAUGCCAGUCAAGGAGGUGCGCGGGGGCCAGACAGCCUCCUUUGCACUGAAGAAGAUAAAGCGCUCAUCCAUCCGGAAAGGCAUGGUGAUGGUCUCCCCACGCCUGAAUCCCCAGGCCUCCUGGGAGUUUGAGGCUGAGAUCCUUGUCCUCCACCACCCCACCACAAUUAGUCCACGAUACCAAGCCAUGGUACACUGUGGGAGCAUCCGGCAGACAGCUACAAUUCUGAGCAUGGAUAAAGACUGUCUACGCACAGGAGACAAGGCCACUGUCCACUUCCGCUUCAUCAAGACCCCCGAGUAUCUGCACAUAGACCAGCGGUUGGUGUUCCGGGAAGGUCGAACCAAGGCUGUUGGCACCAUCACCAAGCUCCUCCAGACAACCAACAACUCCCCCAUGAACUCCAAGCCCCAGCAGAUUAAAAUGCAGUCCACAAAAAAGGGUCCCCUGAGCAAACGAGAAGAAGGCGGUCCGUGUGGGGUGCCGGUGGCAGGGGGCCCCCCGACUGGAGAUGAAGCUUCCUCCCUAGGGACUGCACAGGCUGCCUCAACCAGUGGGCUCCAGCCACAGCCCAAGCCCAGCAGUGGGGGCCGGCGACGAGGGGGCCAGCGCCACAAGGUGAAGUCCCAGGGGGCCUGUGUGACUCCUGCCAGCGGCUGCUGAAUGUCCCCCUGGUCCACUUGACCACCCAUGGGGAUCCUCACUGCUCACUGGCCACUGCUCACCAACUGGGCAGAGAAUCUUUGACCACCACCGGCCCACUCCAGUUCACAGCCAGAGAGUCCUUGUUGCCACACCCCUAUUUUCCAUGGGGGAUUGUAUUUAUAGGAUGAGGAGGGACUAGAUGUCCAAGGACUGACUGACUGUCACCUGCCACCUUCCUUACUCACGGCUUUCGUACAUCUGGGCCCUUAAUUUCUAUCUUUUUAUUAUAUAUUUGUCCCGUGUGUAUGUGUGUGUCUGUGUGUAUCUGUGUGUGCACGCACACGCCUGUAGCAGGUGUGUGCAGGAGUGCAGCUGACCCUGUCAGUCUCCGUUUCAGUUCUAGCUGGACACCAGCCUCCAAGAGCUGACUGCCUGCCUGUCCUCCCAUCCGUCUGUAUUUGUCUCAAUGAGAUCCUCAGAACCUUUAGGGAACCUCAGAGCCCAAGGCACCUGUCUUCCCUGGCCAAUGGCCCCUCUUAGCUAGCAGCCCUUCUUUGGGGCUGACCUCUGGGUUUAGCAGCUUCUGCCAGAGCAGGGAGUCCCCUAGUCUGUGAUUUGGGGAGUUUAAUGGGAAAUGGUAGCGGCCUCUCCUGUCUCCCCUUUUUCCUCCAAGCUCCUCAGUGGCACCUGUAAUGUGUGGAGGUCAUGGGGGUCCUACAUUGUAGGACCACCCACUCUGACUCUUGACCCUUGCCAUGGAUCCAAAGAACUAAGUGGGCUCAUCUUUAGAGACAAUCCUGGGCUUGCCUGGCUGGCCCUGGCUGCUCUGGCUUCUGUGCCCGCAGGAGGCUCUUCCUGUUUCCGCUUAGAUCUCUGACUGAGCCUCAGAGUUCCGGGCUACCAGACCGGGUCCUAGUCUUCCUGGUUUUGUAGUACCUCCUUUGGUGGGGGAGGGGAGGUGCUCCUGAGUUCAGCAGGGACUAGAAACGCCCCUUUCCUAAUGUCACCCAACACAGCCGCUACAGCCAUGCCACACAGCAGUGAAGGGUCUGAGCCCUGAUGCCCCAAAGGGUAUACAAGGGCAGGUGGCAAACCCUUAUAGGCCAUCAGAAGCCCUGCACUGGGUUAGGGCGUGGUGGGCUGCCCAGAGCAGUGCGGGCACAACCCUGCACCACCGCCUCAGCCUGGGCUGCUCCUCAGCCAGGACAGAUCCUCAGCUGGCUGGAGCCCUCUACAGCCUCACCUCUCCCAAGCUCUCCUGUCCUCUGCUCCUGACUGCUCUUCCCUCCCUCCCUGUCCUUCCAGCUGUUUCUAGUCACCACUGCCCCGUGGCCAUGGACUGACAAGACCAGCACUCACAAUAAAAGUUUGUUUUAAGUUGA